GAAUCAGAACGGCUGCCAAGGGCAUUCUGAACUCUGCUAUCUCAGUCCAGGAUGCUAUUAGUGGAAAACAACGAUAUCGCGCUCUGGAACGUUGAGACUGAGAAAGCCCUGCAGAUCAUUGAGAUCCCCAUUCCGACCCAACUGCUUCGGUUGUCCGAUGAUGAAAGCUAUGUUGACCGAGCGAGGAGCCUUCCCAAUCUCGGGGGCUUCGGCUUCAGGCCAGGACGGUUCUUCGUCCCCAGCCACAGUCCUGUGGUCCCCCUUCCUGGCCGUGCGUGAUAAUUGGAUUGUGACCGGCGCUCGGAGACGUCUAUGGUUCCCGCUGGAGUACCGAGGGUUUUGGGUUUCGCAUGGAAGGGUACUUUACAUCGGGAGCAAGUUCGGUCGAAUCCUUAAACAUUUUGCAAGCUACACAUUCGCUCUCGAAACAAAGGUCUUUCUGAGUUUCUGUGUUUUUAUUUCUCUUUUCUUGGGAUGAUACUGCCUUGGGUGUUCUGGGUCAUAUAUAUGUCUUUGGGGAGGUAGAAUUUACCCCGCCUCUGUUGUAGGGUAAACCUCGAGACAACCAGUUGAGAAAGUCUACAU